UGUGGGCGGGCUUAAAAAGCGCGUGCAUAAGGUAGAGAGUAGGAAGAGGAGGUCAAAUGUAUUGAGUGAAAACGUGAGGCUGUUUCAGGACAGAUAGCUACAAUAUAACAGUUCAGUUUACAGUGAAGUUAUUAGAUAUUAUAUUCAGAGGCAGGAGCGGGGGGGUUUCUGUGCAUUUUAGUUUGUGCUGGUAACUUCCGCUAAUUUAGAAGCUAGUGAAGAGAGAUAAGGUUAGCUAAGGCUAACGUUACAUGUCGCGUGUUUGCAGACAACUCCGCAGCUAGUGGCACUACUAGAGUAAGUUAUGAAUUUUUCUUUCUAUAGUUGUGCAUCAUUAUCUGCGUAGGUAGAGAGGGAAUGCGCGGUGGUAGCUCGCAGCGCAUUAGCUUUGGAAACAAAGUUUGCUAGCUAACCCUUGCUGCUGCACUCUGCUACUUCUGGAAUUCACGUUGUCUUUGUGAACUUGUGUCACGGACACAGCUGUCAUGUUUCACUCGGUGCCCCGCCGUCCGAUCUGUGAGAUCGGUAUAAAUACAGUGAGGCUUCAGAGCAGCUGGUCAUUUCGACGCACUGUCGAGGAGGGAAGGGGAAAGCUUGAGAGGCUCCCGUUGCUAGGCAGGAACGUGGGCCUGCUGCUGUCCUGGCUGCAGAGGGCAGGUGUGGGUGCUAGCGACUCCGCGGCCUCUGGUCCCAAGAGGAAGGGUUUGCUGUCCAUAUUUGCGGACCAUUGCGGCUUUGUGACCGGCCAGAGACUCCGGCGUGCAUGCCAGGUUGGAGAGCUUUACUCCAACCUGUACUCGGAGCGCACCAAGUGGACCCUGGUUGGCAACAUAUGGCGCAGAUUACAGAGCAAGCACGCCCCUACUGGGAAAUUUGUGGCUGCCCUAGCUGGUGUCUUCAUGUGGGAGAAUGAGAAAAUCCAAGAUGAGGAAAUUCAGAGGUGUGGACUGGAGCUGCAGGCGCUGGAGGCAGCAAAACGACUAAGUGUGUCUUCGGGGACUGAAACUGGGCAACAGGAAUCUGGCUGGGAAAUUGUGGUGGAAAAGAAGGACUUCAGAGUGUGGAAGCGACCUAUUCCCAACAGUCACCUCUACGAAUAUCGAGUAUUGGGCUCUUAUGAUGAUGUCACACCAAGACAAUUCUUCAAUGUACAGUUGGACAUAGAGUACAGGAAGAAGUGGGAUUCUCUCGUUAUCAAGCUUGAAGUGGUGGACCGACAUGCCAAUACUGGCUCUGAAGUUGUGCAUUGGGCUACACACUUUCCUUAUCCCAUGUAUUCGAGGGACUAUGUAUAUGUGCGCCGUUAUGAUGUUGAUUUCAACAACAACCUGAUGAUCUUGGUCUCCAGAGCCAUACAGCAUCCCAGAGUACCAGAGACACAGGAAUAUGUGAGAGUUCAUUCAUACCAGUCAAAGAUGGUCAUUCGCCCACACAAGUCCUUUGAUGAGAAUGGAUUUGAUUAUCUGCUGACCUACAGUGAUGACCCUCAGACCGUCUUCCCCCGCUAUUGUGUGAGCUGGAUGGUGUCGAGCGGUAUGCCCGCAUUUCUGGAUAAACUGCACACUGCUGCCCUGCGGGCCAAAAACUUAGAAGUGGGAAUUCAAGACUACACGAGUGUCAUUAAAUCCAGUGACACAAACAGGCCGUCAAGCCAGGAGCGCCUCACUGGAGAAAAUGCCCAUACAGGUGGUUCUGGACAGAUCUACGCUUGAGAUGGAGAUUUCAUAGAGAGCAGAGGUUUUCUUGGUGUGUUUUCACUUGCACUCAAGUCAGGAACAAUAACCCUCCAACCCCAAACUUAGGGGUAGAUUAGAAGAACUGAAAAUGAAAGGUGCGAUCUACGUUAGCGGCACGUGUCCAUCCAUAGACAUGUUUAUGCUGUUUAUAGAGGAGAUGUCACAAGAACGAUGGACUACAUUAGUGACGGCAUUGUUGUCACUGGAGAAAGUGUUGCAAUGCAAGUUGCCGUUCAGACUGCUGGUUUUGGCAUUUUUCAUCUUCAGCCAGUCAAUGCCACCUGAUGUUUUCCUGCAAUUGUACAAUUGAGCCAAAUUUCCUAACCAUAGACAUGUUUUUGCCAAACACACAGUUUUACUCAUUUUAGUAUUUAAUGGCUUGUCUUAUGUUUUUAGACAAAGCUUGACUUUAAACUCUAUUCAGACCGCCAGCUUGCUCACUACUGUAUUAGCGUCUUUAGUGUGAUUUCAACAAGUUGUGGCGGAAAUGAGUAUGACAUAGAACUGCAACUACACCCGCCUUGUUUUUACUAAGAAGUUAACGCUUGGUCAAAUUAUGGAUUAAGAGAAGAACUGAGGCCCCCUGCUGGGAAUUUAAAGCAAGUGAUUUUGAUUUGUUUGAAGCAUGACAGAUGACAAGUUAAAUUAUGAGUUUGGCCAAAAAAUGAUACAAUUACUGAAUUUAAAAAUAAAGCUUUUUGUUUGCUAUCGACAUUAGUUUACUAUCCACCCUGUUGAGGUAUCAGACGGUCCGUCUCACUGUGUUCCUGCGAGUGUUUAAAGCAUCCAGCCUUCUGAAGAUGAACCAGUCCUUCAGCAUUAGGGGCAUAGUGUCUUAUAACAACCAUAUAAAUCCUCAGAUACAGUGGUGUAAAGUUUUAGGUAUUUGUGCCACAUCCCAAGCCAUUUGCAUUUAAUGUGAUCGUUUUUUUUGGUUUUUUUUGUGUGUGUUUUUAAGAGGUGGUCCAAUUUCAGUUCAGAAUUUAUUUUGUUACUGUUGGGUUCAUCAACACAGUUUGCACUCCUGGAGGUCUGGAUAUUUCUGUGUUGCUGUAGAUCUUGUAUACUCAAAAAGUCACAUCUGGAGGACUGGAUUUUUAUUUUGUUUUUUUUGUCAAUGGGUGCAAUGAGAUUCACGUCUUUCUCCUAAAUUUUGAUGCUACCGUUUUGUUCUCGUGUGUCCUACUGAAACUCCUUUGAAUUCAUCUUUCCAUGUCACCCUUGCAUGCAGGGGGUGCUAUGAAUGUACAAAUAGCAGCUCAUGCCACAGAAUAUAUAACAUCGCCUAACAAAGUACACUGUUUACAGACUGGCACAAGAAUCGUGAAAUAAUGUUGUAAAAAAACCCUUGUAGCCCAAGCUUGUGCUGCGAGAUGUGAUUCACUCAAAUGGUACAUUUGAGUGAAUUGGCUAAUUCUAUAUGGUGGUUUCCACUUGUGUGAGGGAGGUCCUGUGUGUGGAUACGCGUAUGCUCCCAGUGUAUCAAAAGUGUGUGUAAUUAUAUUCUGUUGUGAAGUGUUUUCCUGCUGUUUGUGUUUUUAACAAUGGCAGUGUAAGAUGAGAUACUCUUCAUGGGUUGACUGUGCAAAUUGACUCUCAUUAUAACCCAAUUAAACAGUAUGUCAUACUUGCUAAUGUUUAGUGUGUGUGUGUGUGUGUGUGUGUGCGUGUGUGUGUGACAUUUGAAUGAUCUGAUAACUGAAGACACCUCUGUGCCACCUGCAGUAUUUAAAACCAGUUUUCACAUCUUAUUUUUGUUUUGCAGGUAACUUUUUUUCUCUCUCUCCAUUGUUAAACUAUUUUAGGAAAAGAAAGAGGGGGAAAGUGUGGCUUAUGAACAGGUGCACUUGUAAUCCACGUGAUUUAAAAUUAAUGUUUCUUCCAUUUCAGAAAUUAAUCUGAUGAAAUAAACAGUCCUUUAUGUG